AUGACCAACUCAAAGCUUGGUAAAGUUCACGAGACAUCCGAUGGGGUCUCCAAUAGCAUCGGUGUUUCAGCCUCGGUUGCUGUUGCCAAUGCAGUUGAUAUGGAAGAUGGAGCUAUUAAGGGAAAUAACUCCGGGGCUUCGGUCUCUGGUCUUUGCAGUUCUAAUGAAAUUAGUACAGUUGAUGUUAGCGUUGGGGGCAGCUCUGAGUACCAACAAAAGAAGGUUUGCAGACGAUACAAGCUAUAUUAUCAGCAGAUGCAAAUGGUGGUUUCGUCUUUCGAAUCUGUAGAUUGUCUAAGUGUUGCAACUCCAUACAUUUCCUUGGCUCUUAAGACAGUAGAAAGGAACUUUCGGUGCCUAAGGAACGCUAUCUCGGACCGUGUCAGGCAUUUAUCUAGAACCCUUAGGGAGGAUUUAUUGUCCCCAACUACCGGUGCUAGCAGUAGCAAAGGUGAUAUAAAUAUAUCUAGGAUGAAAUAUGGGGUUCAGAAAUCUGGUGGGGUUAACACGGGCUUCCUUGAACCUCAACAAGAAGGCUGGAGGCCCCAAAGAGGCCUACCGGAACGUGCAGUGGCAAUUCUUAGAGCUUGGCUUGAGCAUUUUCUUCAUCCGUACCCCACAGACACGGAUAAGCACAUGUUGGCAAAUCGAACCGGUCUUGCUCGAAACCAGGUUUCUAACUGGUUCAUAAACGCUCGAGUUCGAGUUUGGAAACCGAUGGUUGAAGAAAUACACAUGCUUGAGAGCAAAGGCUUGGAAGCAAGCAAUCAGAACUCUAUCAAAACUGAUACAAAAUCUACUACUGCCAUAACCAUUCGGCCCAAUGAAGAACAUCUAUCAACAGCUCAUGUAUAA